GUCACACACUCACACAAACCCCAUUUCUCUCAUAAUCUUUUAGAAAAAAAACAUGGCGUUUACAAAAACCAAAAGCCUCUGUUUCUUCACGUUCCUCCUCUCUUUCUCAACCAUCUCCGUCGCACGGAGGUUCGGAGUCGGAGGUAGCGGCGCGUGGGUUCCAAACCCCCCGGAAGAUUAUGGAUCUUGGGCUGGAAAGAGCCGUUUCCUAGUACACGACACACUCUAUUUUACCUACGCCAAGGGAGCUGACUCUGUUCUAGAGGUCAGCAAGGCUGACUACGACGGAUGUAACACCAAGAAUCCGAUCAAGAGAGCCGACGACGGAAACUCAGAGAUCUCGCUUGAUCGUUCUGGUCCGUUUUACUUCAUCAGCGGUAAUGAAGAUAACUGUAAGAAAGGGCAAAAGCUUACUGUCGUCGUCUUGUCUGUUAGAACUUCGACUCCGCCUCCUCCACAAGCCGCUACGCCGGGAAACUCUCCGCCGGGUUCAUUGCCACCUAAGUCUUCUUCCCCCGUUUCUCCGGCUACUUCUCCACCGGCCCCUAUGCCACCUAAAUCAUCUUCCUCCCCUGUUUCUCCGUCCUCUGCUCCGGUGACUUCUCCGCCGGGAUCAAUGUCACCUAAGUCUUCUUCCCCUGUUUCUCCGAUGACUUCUCCUCCAUCACCUCCGUCCUCUGCACCGGGCUCUUCACCGUCUGGAUCAAUGGCACCCAAAUCUUCUUCAGCCGUUUCUCCAUCUUUGGCUCCGGGAGAAUCUCCUUCCUCCAUUUCAUCUUCCCCGUCUGGGAUGGGUCCCUCCGGAGAUGCUCCCUCAGGUUCGGCGAUGGGGCCAUCAGGCUCGGGGAUGGGUCCCUCUGGAGAUGGACCGUCAAGCUCCGGUGGUAUUAAUGCGCCGGCGGAAGCUCCAGGCGAGAAAAAAUCCUCUGCUAAUGGUAUGGCCGUUAUGUCGGUAACUACAGUUUUAAGUCUCUUCCUAACCAUCAUCCUUAUGUCAACUUAAUAACACUUCGAGGCUAUAUAGAUUCAUGUCGGAAUUGAUUUUCUCGAUACUAUUGGUCUAGUUUCAUUCUAGUCUCUGCUUCUUCUUUUGUUAAUUGGUUACGGCUUUACAUCGUCAGUAUAGUUUGAUAACUUGGUUUGUUGUAAUAAAUAAUAGAGACACCAUAUUGUGCUUAAA